AUGAGUGCGGACAGUAAUUCUAUAGAAUUAGCGAAAUCACGAUUAUCAACCGAAAAGUACUACCCUGGCCAAGAAGCUCCGGCAGUCAUAACGAUUUGGUGUCUCAUUAAUGAAGACCCUCUUGAGGCAGCCUUUCCUGUAGACAUUUUAGAUAGCAAGACCAUUGGACAUCUUAAAGAUGCCAUUAGAAAUAAAAUUAAUGCCCCCGACACUGUAAAAGCAAAAAACCUCGAAAUAUGGAAAGUUAAUGUUCCAUUUGAGGAAGCUGAGGGAAAUGUUAUCACACUUGAUAACAUUGAAGUUAAGAGGAAAUUGAUAAUUCCUGCAACAAAAAUUUGCAGUGGCUUUGAUAACAUUGCCGAGACUAAUAUUAAUUUUAUUAUAAAAUUGCCUGCUGCUACCAAACCUGCUACCACCGAAGAUUACGUUUCGCCAAAGUUGGAAUCUAACGAUGUUGUCUCCAAGCGCCAAAGGUUGCUUCAAGGAAACUGGGUAAAGUGUAAUAAAAACCCGUUAAAAAUAUAUAAUCUACGACCUCCAGAAUGUAGUGGGCCACCGGUAUCCCUUUUCCAUCCUGUAUUCGGUCAGUUUCUCAUCGAUUAUCGCAACCAUAGCUUAAGUAUUCCGGCUGAGCGAUAUAUGCAGGUUCAAGAUUUUUGCAACCGAGCGGGACAAAUCUAUAAAAAUGAAGGUUUCCGACAAAAAGCACUCCGACCAUUCUUUACAUCAUUAUUUGAUGGGAUCCAACCAAUAUCUAUUGUUACUAAUAAUGGUUCCAUCGAUGACGAUGUGCUACUAACUGAUAAUGUAGUGCUCGGAGAGAAAGCUGUCCCAAUUUUAUGGGAGUACAAAAACGAAAUCGGUGCAGGAGGGAAAGAUCCCUCAAUCCAAGGAGGGUGCGGAUAUGCAAAAUAUUGGGCUCAAUCACAGACCAUUAAGAUUCGCAAUAGUUCUUGUUGCCCAUCUAUUAUUCUUGCCAUUGCGGGGCCUUGGAUUUGCGUUCUUGGGGCUGUAUAUCUCGAAAAGCCCGUAGUUGAACCACUUACCGAUUUCAUUCUAAUGUUGGAUCAUCCCGAAGAUGAUGGAAAAAGGAUAGAUGAGCUUACAAUUUUUUUCGAAUCUUUACGCCUUGCUUUUAGAACAUUGAAUAACUAUUACAAAAACUUGAGAGAGUUAGAUGAAACCGAUGCUGAAAAAAUCCAAAGGUUUUUUCCUUACCGUAAUCAAUACCAAGUUGACGGGGAUGAGAUCAAGUUUACAUAUCUUUAUAAACUUGCCGAAGAACCGACGAACUUGACAUGGAAAGCGGAAACUGUUAAUAGAAAAAUUGUCAUUGUCAAGUUCACAAAGAAAUCGAAUCAUGGCCUGGAUGAAAAUACUCUUCUUUAUGCUGACGAUGAAUCUUUCAAAGGUUGGCGGAUGGUUAUUUCGGAGUUUAAGGCAUGAAACGGAAAGUGUUGAGAAGGAUUACGGUAUUGACAUUGCAUCCACACAAUAUUACUUCCUACGAUAACAUGAUUGUUAUAUUAGUUUCUGUUACAAGGCGUUAAAUCUCGAAAACGAUCGG